UGAGUCAUCUAAUAGAUGGGCUCGCGACGUGGUUUUACGGUAAAUGCACAAAAAAUACAAACUAGAUAUUCCACCAUGCAUCUAGAUCUGAGUCUCCUUUUGCUGUGCUUUAGCGCGGUCUCUGCCGCUCCAAGUCUAGACCCUCAGUUGGAUGAGCACUGGGAACUUUGGAAGAACUGGCACAGUAAAAAAUAUCAUGAGAAAGAAGAAGGUUGGAGGCGAGUGGUCUGGGAAAAGAACUUGAAAAAGAUUGAGUUGCAUAAUCUUGAACAUUCGCUGGGCAAACACUCGUUUAGGCUGGGGAUGAACCACUUUGGUGAUAUGACAACUGAGGAGUUCAGACAGCUGAUGAAUGGAUACAAACGCAAGCCAUCUGUGGAGAGAAAGCUGAAGGGCUCCAUGUUCCUUGAACCCAACUUCCUGGAAGCCCCCCGCCAGGUUGACUGGAGAGAGAAAGGGUAUGUCACUCCAGUGAAGGAUCAGGGUCAGUGUGGUUCCUGUUGGGCAUUCAGUGCUACAGGUGCCUUGGAAGGCCAGCAGUUCAGGAAGACUGGAAAGCUGGUCUCUCUGAGUGAGCAGAACCUUGUGGACUGCUCUCGUCCAGAGGGCAACGAGGGCUGCAAUGGUGGUCUCAUGGAUCAGGCCUUUCGGUAUGUCAAGGACAACAGUGGCUUGGAUUCCGAGGAAUCCUACCCAUACAUUGGAACUGAUGACCAGCCCUGUCGUUAUGAUCCACAGAACAGCGCUGUCAAUGACACUGGCUUUGUGGACAUUCCCAGUGGUAAAGAGCAUGCUCUAAUGAAGGCAGUGGCUGCUUUUGGGCCAGUUUCUGUUGCUAUUGAUGCUGGCCAUCAAUCCUUCCAGUUCUAUCAGUCUGGUAUCUAUUAUGAAAAAGAAUGCAGCAGUCAAGAUCUGGACCAUGGUGUUCUGGCUGUAGGCUAUGGAUUUGAAGGAAAAGAUGAAGAUGGAAAGAAAUACUGGAUUGUGAAGAACAGCUGGAGUGAUAAAUGGGGCAACAAAGGCUACAUCUACAUGGCUAAAGACCGAAACAAUCACUGUGGAAUUGCUACAGCUGCAAGUUACCCACUGGUGUGAUCUAUGUGAGGCAAGCUGAGUUUUAAACAAUCUUUGCAAGAUUCAAAGGAUCAUGGUGUUAUUUACAGCCUUAAUGAGGCUGGGACAAACCACAAACCAUAUCUUACCUUCUGGUGAUUUUACAAAUUAUCCCAGGGCAUUGUUGCAAUGCUGCUUGUUUUAGUGAUUUUUUUUGUUUUUUUUUUUAAACUUGAUUCUUUCAGUUUUUUGUCUUGUAAAUUAUAGAGGUCCUAGUGGAGAUGACAGCGGUCUCUUUCACAGUGCACAGAUCUUAUUUUGUCAGGUUUUUUUCCCCGUUCUGUGCAGUGUACAGAAUGAAUGUUUUGUACUUGUGUGUUCCAAUAAAGUUUUACCAUUAA